AUGUCUGCGUGGCUCUCCCAGUUCACCCAGCCUUGGUCAACCACCCAGUUACCCUCCCACACAACCUUGACUCAUGUGGCACCACAAGCGUACUCUGGAUUGGUAUCGACAUUAAUGUCGAUAUCAGAGGCCUUGCCCACAGAAACAAACAGGAUGAGCUUGUAUGAGAUGGCGAAAAAGGGCAAAGCUGCCCAGGCGUCCCUCUCGGUGCUCUCAGCUCAGCGGUUCAUGGCAACAGCCACAGAUAACGAGAGAAUGCCCGAGAUGACUUCAGUUAUUUGGAAUUCCACCAUGGAGCUCCAGGAGUUGGAAAGGGGCAUCAACUUGUACCAGAUGGAGUUGAGCCCUAUAGCCAAUGGCAUAUUCGCUGGGCUUUUCGCCUUGUUGCUUGUGGCCCACAUUGUUCUCUUUCUCUGGAAAAGACACCCUUACUUUGGCGUGUGUCUUUCCAUGGGCACUGCUUGCGAGUUCACAGGGUACAUUGGCCGUAUCGCCUCCAUUGGCAAUUACGGUAAUAAGGAUGCCUACUUGUGCCAGAUUAUCUGCUUGACGUUGGCCCCAGCGCUUCUUAUGGCAGGAGUGUACUUUGUGUUGGCUCAAUUGACGGUUAUUCAUGGUCGGCAGUAUUCCGUGCUAAAACCGCUAUGGUUUCUGUACAUAUUUGUGUUUUGUGACUUUGUCAGCUUGGUGGUUCAGGCUGCUGGCGGUGCCAGUGCUGCAGUGCAACUCCAGCGGUUUGGUGAUACUCAGCCCGGUACCAACACCAUGGUGGCCGGCAUUGCGUUCCAGGUGGUGUCCAUGACGCUUUUCUUGUACUUCCUUUUUGACUUUAUGAACAGAAAAUGGUUCAAAGCCAGCCCCCACGUGAAAUUUACUUUCCACAACUUAUUCAGUUUCCUAUUUGCAACCAGCAGAGGGAGAGAGCUUACACAGCGGUACUUGAACCCCAAGUACAACCCAAAGUAUGAGCACAUUUGGUCGAGAAAAUCGUUUUCUUAUUUCCCCAUUGUGUUGCUCUUGUCUGUAUUCUUCAUCUACGUGAGAUGUGUCUACAGACUUGUAGAGUUGACAGAGGGCUGGAGUGGCUACUUGAUCACCCACGAGGAGUUUGUCAUGACUCUUGACGGCCUUAUGGUUUUGCUCAUGGUGAUGUUGCUUGUGCCUUUCCACCCCGGUGUUCUUAUGGGCAAGGGCCUGAACAUCUCCUUGAAGUCGAUCAAGAACGUCACCGACCAGGAGGACGUCGAGGCUCACGAGGACAAGCUGUUCCCUGGCUCGACUUGGUCAGAUGAUUCCACGAAGAAAUCGACUCGCUCAGAAAAGGUGCAUACUCGAGAAUUGUCAGUAUCGUCCCAAGAGUCUGAUAACUCUGACAUUUUCUCACCUGGCAAGAGUGAAAGAAAGAGCUUUUUGCCAAUUCUCAAAGAUUCUGCUCGGGGCUCAAGCAAACAGAACAAACCAGAUUUUGUUGCUGUACCAUAUUCACAGACGGCGGAAAGCACUGUUCAAAGCACCCCAGUGAAGCAGCCCCAGAGCAAUAGAUCCGGCUCCAAAAAAUUCACUCUACGAAACACCCAGAGCAGGACUUCUAGCAAAAUGUCUAGCAGGGUUCAGCUGCACGUCAAUCCAUACGAGACUCCCAGAGAGUCACAAUUUGUUGCUAACUCGGGCCCUUACAGGGAAGAGCCUGUUUAUUCCCCCCAGCAUGAUUCCUUAGAGAAUCCAUUUGAGCAGCACGUUGUCUACGACGAACGGGAUCACUACGAGUAUGAUGAUGGAAGCAAUCACUUUGACGAUGUGCAAUCGCAAGUGACUCACGACGAAGACUUUUUCAAUUUUGGACACUAA